CUGUCAGUAGCUGCUGUUACCUCUCCGCGGGGCUCAGGCGGGCUGAGCCACGGGGGCUCCCCUUAUGGCCGACAGUUUUCAGAAGAAUGUGACCGACUCCUGUAAUGCAAUACUUAAGAAUGGGUUGAACAACAGAUACCGUGUGUUGGAGGUCAGCGUAAAGCAGAGAAAUGGAAAUGACUGCGAGAAGCACCUGACGGUUACUUCAUCCCAGUCUCUGGAAGAUAGAGAGCUGUGUGUCCUUAGGAAUGGCUGGGAGUCUGUUCCAGUUGUUCCAGGAGACAUAAUUCAUUUAGAAGGGGACUGCAGUUCUGGUACGUGGAUAAUAGAUGAACAGUCUGGAUACCUCAUUCUUUACCCAGAUCUGUUGCUUUCUGGCACUACGAUAUCAAACAGCAUUCGAUGCGUAAGAAGAGCAGUGCUGAGUGAAAAGUUUAGGGGCUCUGAGUCUGGAUCACACCAAAUGCUUGUUGGUACAAUUCUUCAUGAAAUUUUCCAGCAAUCAGUAACAAACAACAUGUCGCCUGAAAAAGUAAAAGAACUAGCAAAUAAAAUUGUUUAUGGACAAAAGUAUCUCAGAGAAAUGUAUCACUUAAAUCUGAAACAAGCAGAAAUAAUGCAGGAAAUAGAAGAAUACUUGCCAUCAUUUUUUAAAUGGACAGAAGACUUUAUGCACAAUCCAGCUAACCAAAAUAAAAUACAACUAAAACUGUCAAGUGGUGAUAAAACUGGAGAUUUCUCUUCUAAGAUAGAAAUUGUAGAUAUCUUAGACAUUGAAGAGAAUAUCUGGUCUCCCAGGUUUGGAUUGAAGGGAAAGAUUGAUGUUACAGCCAAGGUGAAAAUCCAUCGGCAGUCUGGAGUACAGUCUAAGAUAAUGCCAUUAGAGCUCAAGUCUGGCAAGGAAUCAAACUCUAUAGAGCACAGGAGUCAGGUUAUUCUGUAUACCUUGUUGAAUUUAGAAAGGAGAGUAGAUCCUGAAGCUGGAUUUCUUCUUUAUCUUAAAACUGGUACUAUGUACCCUGUUUCUGGAACUCGCAUGGAUAGAAGAGAAUUAAUGAAGCUAAGAAACCAGGUGGCUUUCUACUUAAUGCAUAGUACAUAUAAAUCUGCUGUGGGAAGACAGCAGUCACAGCUCGCUGCUUUGCCUCCAGUAAUUGAUGACAGUCAAGCCUGUAAAUAUUGUUCCCAAAUGCACAAUUGUUUUCUAUAUAGCAGGGCUGUAGAAGAAAAGAUUGCUAGUGUCUCUUUUCCUCCUGCCAUGGUAUCGAUUAUUGAAAAAGAGACUGAGCACCUGAAACCCUCCCAUUUGGAGUAUUUUAGUCUGUGGUAUCUAAUGUUAACCUUGGAGCUGCAAACUGGAGAGGGUAAAAAGGGGUAUAAAAACAUAUGGAUGAUGCCUUCUUUGGAAAGAGAGAAGACUGGAGAUUGUGUUGGAAAUAUGAUCAGAAUUGAUCAAGUGCAGGAAAUUUCCGAGGGACAGUAUCUGCAUUCUUUCCAACGUAAAAAUGGUGCAAUACCUGGAGCAAACCUCUUGGCUGGUGAUAGAGUGGUUGUGAGUGGAGAGGAAAAUGGGUUACUUGGUUUGGCUACUGGCUAUGUUAGAGAAAUCAGUGCAACAAAAGUCUCCUGUUUGUUGGGCAGGAAUUUAUCAAAGCUCCCCAAGGAUACCACGUUUAGGCUGGAUCAUGAAGAAGGAGACUUUGGUGUGGGGGUCCCCUUUGAAAACCUUUCCAAAUUGAUGAAAGAUUGCCCAGUCAGUGAAAAGCUCCGCAACUUGAUUAUUGACUUCCACAAACCGCGUUUUAUUCAGCAUUUGAGCUCAGUUCUUCCUGCAGAUGCAAAGGAAACUGUUGCAAAUAUUUUAAAGGGUCUGAAUAAGCCUCAGAAACAGGCAAUGAAACAAGUGUUGCUUUCGAAGGACUACACGCUUAUUGUGGGUAUGCCUGGAACUGGAAAAACUACUACAAUAUGUGCUCUGGUGAGAAUUCUCUCUGCCUGUGGCUUCAGCGUUCUUCUGACUAGUUUUACACACACUGCUGUGGACAAUAUUCUGCUGAAGCUAGCCAAAUUCAAAGUAGGCUUCUUGCGUUUGGGACGAGCUCAGAAGGUUCACCCAGAUAUACGGAAAUUUACAGAAGAAGAAAUUUGCAGGUCCAAGUCAAUUAACUCUGUAACAGAUUUGGAAGAGCUCUAUAACAGUCAGCCAGUAGUAGCAACAGCUUGCAUGGGAGUCAAUCACCCCAUCUUUGCUCAGAAGCAGUUUGAUUUCUGUAUAGUUGAUGAAGCUUCCCAAAUAAGCCAGCCCAUCUGUUUGGGCCCACUAUUCUGCUCCAAAAGGUUUGUGCUAGUAGGGGAUCAUCAGCAGCUGCCUCCGCUUGUACAGAAUUCAGAAGCAAGAGAUCUCGGUAUGAGCGAAAGCUUGUUUAAAAGGCUGGAGCAAAACCAGAAUGCUGUUGUCCAGUUAACUGUGCAAUACAGAAUGAAUAGUAAAAUUAUGUCAUUGAGUAACAUGCUAGUGUAUGAAGGCAAACUGGAAUGUGGAUCAGAGAAGGUGUCAAAUGCCACUGUUAACUUACCAAACCUAAAGAAGCUGAAACUGGAACUUGCAGAUGCUUCAAAAACAUGGCUGAAAGAAGUACUUGAUCCAGACAAACCUGUGUGUUUUCUGAACACUGAGAAGGUCCCAGCACCAGAACACGCAGAAAAAGGUGGUGUAUAUAACAUGACAGAAGCCAAACUUGUGUUCUUCCUCACAUCCUUAUUUAUUAAGGCUGGUUGUAAGCCUUCAGACAUUGGUGUGAUAUCACCAUACAGGCAUCAAUUAAAAAUAAUCACUGAUUUGAUGGCAAGACUGAAGGAGAACAGAGUGGAAGUCAACACUAUAGACAAGUACCAAGGAAGAGACAAAAGUAUCAUAAUUGUAUCUUUUGUUAGGAACAGUAAUGAAGAAAAUCUUGGCACCCUCCUGAAGGAUUGGAGACGUCUUAAUGUUGCUAUCACAAGAGCCAAGCACAAACUAGUCAUGGUGGGCUGCAUUCCAUCCCUGCGCCGCUACCCUCCUUUGGAGACGCUACUGUGCCACUUGCAGUCUGAAGCAAUGAUCUUCAAUCUUCCAGCUGGGGCUUAUGAAAGUAUCCACAAAUGUAACAUUCUGUGAUUAUGAAGACUGUUUUAAAGACAUUUCUAAUCUAUUUUCUUCUAUUGCUGCUGAAAUGUAAAUCACUGCGUAGUAGGGUGUGAGUGCUGAUGUGCACGGUUCAAUCUGAAUGAUGCCAAAACUGAAAUUACAUUCAAUUAUUUUAAAUGGUUCCUUUCAGUACAAGUAACAAUACACAUUUCAUUCUUUAGUAAGUUGAUUCUUAAGCUGGCCAUUUUAGUACCAGUGUAUUUGCAACAAACAAGGACUAUGAAGUCUUCUGUUCCUUCAGCUACUGGCUGGCUAUUUCUAUAUUCACUUCUAUCUUGAUCAACACUUCUCUGUAUAAGUGAAUGGAGAAAAAAACUUGAAAAGAGAGGAGUAAACCUGCAUCAAGUCAGUUUUCUGGCCUCGGUUUGGUUUUAAACACUCUAAAAUGUAGUUGACAUACAGUUAAUCCCAUUGUUAGCAUUCCUAAUAAACUGUGUGCAGUUUCAGGGAUGUGUUCUUUCCCUUUUUUAAAUACUGAUCUCUCUUAUAUACAUGCUGUAAUUAAUCCCUCGUAUGAGGAUCCCUUGGUGGCUUGUCUAAUCCCUUGAUUUUAUGUGAAUCCGGGAGGAAUGUGGUACUGAUUCACUUAACUCCUUUUUAUGGACUAAUGCAUUUCGCAGGUGAAUCUGCUGAAGUGAAAUGCUGCCCUGCUGAAGAUUGUCAUAAAACUCCUGCUGGUUUCAGUCUUUGAUCUAUAGUCUUGUCUUCAUACAAAAUGAAGAGAAUUCCCAAGAAACAAAACUAGAGUUGCAGCUUGAUGGCUAAGGUGUUAACAUGUGCUUUUGAUGAUAUCAUGUUCAGUACAAACCAUCUUCUACUUGAUUAGGUCUAGUUUACUUUCCUUAUGCUACCUCAUAUGCUAGAAUAUUUCUGAAAGGCUUCUUUCAGAGAUCAGUGGUGGAAAUGUCAAUUUUUCUUAUUCUUAAAAAUCUUGAGUAUUUAUUUUCUCUUGGAUCAAUGUCAGGUAGUGGUGUGUAUAUAGUUGCAGACACAUUUCUAGAUGAGAAAUCUGGAUAUCUAUGUACUGUUUUUAAACUACUCCCUAACAUUUGUAAUGUUUGAAAUAAUAAAUUUUGAUGUUGGUUUCAUUCCA